GAUGAACUUUACAAAUUCUAAAAUAAAGUAGUCUCUUAAUUUUUAAUAAAGAAUUUGUAAACUAUGUAAACGAAUUUUUAGUGGUUUGGGGAACACAGACAUCUAUAAAAAGGCCCGGUUUGGUGCCCCGAUUGUAAAUGUUAGGGAAAAAACUCAAGGUAAAUUUUAUUAUGACUGUUUUUGGAAGCUUUCGAACAACUUCAUAACUGCUGAGAAUGCGUAACAGUUAUUCAUGAUUGUAUGAUUAAUUUUUCCUGUGCUUAGUAAGUUCCCUCUACACUAAUCAUGAAAAUGGCACAAUAUGUCUAUAUGAAGAAAGACCCAGUUGUAUGAUAAUCAAGCAAAAUAAUAUUUUUUUUCUUUUCUAUUACAGAUACAGCUCUAAAGUUAUGGCUUACUUUUCAUCAUUUAAAAAAUGCAAUAUUAAGCCUAUCGUUGUUCUUGAUGGAGGUAAAGAUGAUUCAGAUUUACCAACUCAGAUAGAAAGAUGGAGGCAACGGGUUUCCCGAGUGAAAUUCGCAUCGGCUGGUAAUACUGAAAAGCCAUUUCUCCCUAUAAAUGCCAAAGGGGUUUUUAAAAACACCCUCUUAAAGCUCGGUAUUCCACUUGUCCAGUGCGAAUUUGAAAGCGAUGGUCACAUGGCUUCACUUGCGAAUCAUUUCAACUGUCCUGUUCUUAGCGAAGAUAGUGAUUUCUAUAUAUUUGAUGUAAAAUAUGGCUACAUAAGAACGUCAAGCCUAGGCAGUUGCGAUGUACUGACAUCUGAGGAUAAUAAAACCAAAUACUUAAGUUGCAAGAUUUAUCAUAUAAAUAAAUUCCUUUCAUUUUAUCCAUCCAUUAGCGAAAGCAAUUUACCGUUACUAGCUUGUUUGGCUGGUAAUGACUUCAUAAAAUAUGAAGAUUUAAGACCCAUAGCAUGGUACUUUUAUCCCCAACCAGGGAAGAAGAUUGAACAGAUUCUAAAAUACUUAGGCACUCGCGAAUAUGUUGAAGUUCUUGGAGACAUAUUAAAUUUAAUUAAUAAAGAAAAACAAGAAGAGUUUAAAAGAUUGUUGGAUUGUUCUGUGAAUUCUUACAAAAUCAAAUUUUCCAACUUAUCUUAUUUAUUUGACAACAAUAACAUGCUGUCGGAUACCAAACUACUUCCAACAUCGCAAUUAGUGGCUCCUUGUGGAACGCCUUUUCCUAAAGAAUAUGUGCACGAACACAGCCAAGGGCGCUUGCCCUCUUUUUUCCUUUACGUUAUCAAUUUACAUCGAUCAUUCAUGCCUACUCAAGUAGGUGAUUUUGUUGACAGAAGUAGCUAUAACUGCAGUUGCUUUGUUCGUCAAGUUAUUUAUGGCAUACUUUUUCAACACGAAACUGCGACUACAAACAUGAAGGAUCAUAAAUUACUAUGUUUACUUGAUGUCGAUGAAUAUGAUGUAGAUAAAGGAUUUGAAAUAUUCUUCAAAACUAAACCUAUGUUAGCUCUUCCAAGUGGAAAACCUGUUCCACAUUUACAUCAAAUUAAGCAUAUGGAUAAAACAGCGCGACUGGAGUUCUUAGCAGAAGUUAUUGGAAUUAAAACAUUCUAUCUGAAACAUUUUCCAGAGAAAUUACAGCUUUUGUUUGCUAUCAUAUGUUAUUGGCUGCGAAACUGUUCACCUAAGCCUACUAAAGAAUUCUUUUUAGCCUUGUUGUUAUGCAUCACUCAUUUUUAUGUGUUGCAUGAAUCAGUUUUAACAUAUCCUAUUUUACAAGACAAAAUCGAUGCUGAUCUUUCAAAGAUGUAUUAUUCUCUUAGAAAUAUCACAUCGAAUUCGGCGAAGAAACAAGCCGAAUUUGCACAAACAUUUCCACGCGACACAAAGAUAAGUUUGCAACAUCAUUUCGAUGUGUAUGUGAUUCACAGCUACAACCAACUUCAAACUUGCUUCAAGUACUUGAUGUCAUUAAAUCAACUCUUAGAAUCACCUUUGAAAUCUAUUAACUCUGAGAGCAUCUUUGAAGGCUCAAUGUUAUGUAGUUUAGCAAAAGAAAUUGAAUCUAAUCCUGAAAGCGACAUUUUUAUAGAAUUGUUCCUAGGAAAAGAAACGGCAAGUCAAAACGUAUUCAAUAUAAUGCUGAAAAAAGUUUUUCAAAACAUUCCACCAGGUUUUCCUUGGAGGGAAACUCCUAAUUGGAAUUCAGAAAAAUCAAAAUUUUUCCGUAAACUUGGAUUUUAAAAUUAUUAUUAUUAUUCAUUGCUAACGAACACGAAUGUACAUUUGUUUUUAAAAAGAAGGUGAAAUUUGAAAACUAACUAUUUGAAGAACUCAAACUAACUCUCUUAUAUAAUUUUAUCAAAUACUGUUUAGAUUGUUAUAAAUUUUAUUGUUGAACCAUACUAACUUUCAAAUUUGCUGUCAUCUUAAUGUACCCCUUACUUGAUAUCUUAUUUUAAAUUGCUUACACGAUAUAAUGUUUGAAAUUUAAUGGGGACAAGAUUAAAUUCAGCACCUUAUUAUGGUUGCAGCAAAUUUUCACCGCAUUAUGGUACAAAGUUAUGGUUCAACGUUGAACCGAUUUUAUGAGAGUGUGGAAUUAAUUUCUGUUGCUUUACUGACAUUCUUCAAAUAUUUUUAUGGCUCUGGAACAAUUGUUUUAAACCUUGAAAGUGACAAAUAAUUUUACAUUUAAUAAAAUAUUUAUAAAAAAUUUAUAUGUAAGUCAGUAUCAAUGGAAAUAAAUUGAGAAAAAAUCC